CAACUUGUCAUGGCCACGCCCACAUCCCAUUAGCAAUAAAUAGGAAAGUGUCGCCCUGUAGGAUAGAACUUUCCAUAUCAGUCUCUGUGGCUCCUGUGCAACUGCAACUCACAAUGAGAUCUGCUGUGGGAUUCCUGUGCCUGCUCUCAGCUCUUGUAUCCACAGGAUAUUCUCUCUCCUGCAUUGAAUGUUCUGCUUAUAAUUCAGCCUCUUGCUCAGGCCCCAGUGUCCCAUGUGCAUCCGGCCUUUGUGCUUCUUCAUUCAUCCAAGAAUCCAGUCCAGCUGGGAGCAUUAUGCAGAUUAAGAGAUUCUGUGCGGCUAAAACACAAUGCGGUGAGACGGGCAGCGCCACCUAUGGGUACGUCAGGAGACACCUGAUUACCGGCUGCUGCGACAGUGACGACUGUACCCCAGAGGAACCCAAAUUCGCAAGAGACUACAAGCCGAACGGAUUCCGCUGCACAAACUGUUUCCCUCCAAGCUCCGAGGAAUGUGACCCGGCGAAGCGUAUCGGGUGUAGCGAGGAGGAAGACAAGUGUUUCAUCCAUUUCUUUAAGCAUAUUGGGAUCGGUACUGAAUUUGCUUUCAGGAUUGGUGGUUGCGCCACAGAAUCCAUGUGCCAGCCGGACAAGUUCAGUGAGUACAGCUAUGAGGAGGUCUCUACCACCUGCACCCAGGCAAACUAGUGACUCCUCUAGUCAGAGAAUUGGAGGAGCUUUUCUUCUAUGGGGCACUUCCCUGCCAUUAAUAAUUCUUUUUGAUUAAUUGCAUUAUUACCUCUUUUGCUAAAUCUCCGAUUGCAGGACAAAAGGAAAGGCACUAAUAAAAUCUUAUUGUAGUAUAGGACGUAUUAUGAGAGACUGAGAAUAAACAAUAAAAGGUAGACGACAUAUGUAGGCUCGGUUUCAAAAACAGUUCAAUUGGAUGGUGCAAUUGCAGAAGAACCCCAGUCAUAAAAAAGUAAUAUAUUAGGACAGGUAGGACAGCGUAAUAGUGAGUAAGUGCUCAAUAACGCACAAAACGUGUUAGGCUGUUCCACUUUGUGGGAAAUUAGCCAAUAAAAAUGAAGCCUGAGAAUGAUCAAAAACCCAAGACCCGAAUGUAAUAUAAAGUUGUAGCAACAUUCCGUGGCACUCUCUAUUUUUGCCUUUCCUUGUGUCCUUGUUUCUUUUUUUUGUAUCAUGAAUAAAAACAUCUGCUACCUAAAAA